GAGACAUAAAUAUAUAGUCUAGUUCUCUUCAUUUCAUCAUCUGUAUAUUGUGUUUGUACUAGUCAUAUUGGCAUCCUUUUGAACUUCUCAUAGUCCACAUUCAAUCUCAUUUGUCUUGUCUCUCAUUCGGCCAUCAAUACAAUCCUUUGAGCGUAAGUUUCUUUGCUCUACAGUGACUACAGUCUGAUAAGAAAAAGAACCUCUAUUCAAGUGAAAUCGGGCGGAAAGAUAUUUCCUCGUUGUUUCCAUACUGGGACUUCGAAUUCAUUUUCGUUGCAAGCUUUGUGUUAUCACCCUCUAAUUCCAGUUGUUUUGCUCCACUCCAAAUAAAAAAAAGGGUGUUAAGAUUCUUUAAAUUUGUCACGUUAAUUUUCGUUGAAGUUUUCGCGUUGUCAUGCUCUGAUUAGUUUUCGUGUUAUCAUCCUCAGUUUAGUUUUACUACUUUGCUCAACUAAAAAGAAAAAAAAAAAGAAAAAAAGAAAAAAAAGAAAAGCUAGAUGCUUCCAGCUCCUCACUUUUAUUCAUACUUAUCAUGGCAAGUAUCUUUCAUCUGCAAAGUCAAGGGAUAAAGAAGCAAACCAGCUAAAUUAUUGGGCGAAGGAGAAGCCUCUACUUCUCAAAGCAGGAAGAAAAGGGGAAACAGGGGAAAAAUAAAGAGAGAAAGAUAUCGUCUACUUGGUCCAGUUGAAGGUGGCAGAGGACCAACUCUGUCAAUAUCCAAAGAGAGGCAGAAGCCUAACACCCCUCCAAAAAGGAAAAAAUAAAAGGGCAGAUCAAGGAGAAGGGAAAAAAUCGUAGGCAAGAAUGGAGAUUCUUACCGUGGCCUUCCAGUUAAUCGCAGAAAAAUUAUUGACUUGCACAGUUGGAGGAGUUAAACGUCAAUUGGGUCAUCUGUAUCACUGUAGAAGUAAUGUUGAAAAUCUCAGAAUCCAAUUUAAGGAACUGGAAGAGGCCAGAGAUAGGGUGCAGCAUACCGUUGACGCUGCUAGAAGAAACUUGGAGGAAAUUGAACCUGAUGUCCUGAGCUGGCUGACUAAUGUUGAUGAGAUCAAUGUAGAAAUACGGAAAUUCUUUGAAGAUGAAGGCCAAGCAAAUAUGAGUUGCUGUAAUGGAUGGUUUCCUAAUUUCAAGUCUCGCUAUGAGCUUGGCAAGAGAGCAUACAAGAGGGGAUUGGACGUCAAGGAUAUCAAGGGAAAGGACAUGUUUGAUCGAGUGUCCUAUCGUUUGUUUGCAAAAGGAAUAGGAUCGGCAGCAUUGUGUAGAGGUUAUGAGGUCUUUGAAUCAAGAAUGGAAACAAUAAGGGGAGUUAAGGAAGCUCUGACUGAUCCUAAUAUAAAUAAGAUUGGGGUUUGGGGUAUGGGCGGGGUUGGAAAAACCAUGCUAGUCAAAGAAGUUGCCAGACAAGUCAUAGAAGAAGAAGGGUUAUUUGAUGAUGUGGCUAUCACAGUUGUCUCCCAAAUACCAGACUCAAAAAGGAUGCAGCUAGAUAUUGCAGGAAAAUUAGGUUUGAGAUUUGAUGAAGAGACUGAAUCCCGCAGAGCAGACCUUUUGCAAGGUCGAUUAAGAGAAGAGCAGAAGCUCCUAAUAAUUAUAGAUGAUAUUUGGGAAGGGAUUGACUUGGAGGCUCUUGGAAUUUCUUUUGGGAAUAAUCAAAAGGGAUGCAAAUUAUUGUUGACGUCCAGAUUUCAAGAUGUAUUAUGUUGUGAAAUGGAUACUCCAAAAAUUUUUCCUGUGGAAGUUUUAUGGGAGAAUGAAGCAACAUACUUGUUCCAAAAGAUAGUGGGAGAAUUAGUUGAAAAUGCUGAUUUCAGACCUACAGCGGUUGAAAUUGUCAAAGAAUGUGCUGGCUUACCGAUUGCUAUUAAAACACUUGCAAAUGCAUUGAAAAACAAGAGCUUGAAUGUCUGGAAGGAUGCAAUAAAUCAGUUAAAGAGGGCUGACCCCACAAACAUCAGAGGAUUGCAUAAAAAUGUGUACUCGACUAUAAAGUUGAGUUAUGAUUUUUUAGAAAGUGAGGAAGCAAAAUCAUUAUUCUUGCUUUCCAGUAUAUUUGGAGAAGAUAAGGAUGUUUACAAACUAUAUCUUGUACGAUAUGGUAUGGGUUUAGGCCUCUUUAACAAUGUUUAUACAUUGGAAGAUGCAGUAGUGAGGGUCGAGGCAUUGGUAGAAAAUCUAAUAGCUUCUUCUUUGUUGUUGGAAGGUCCUUAUUAUUGGGCAGUUAGAAUGCAUGACAUUACUCGUGAUGUAGCCGUCCAUAUAGCUAAAGAUAAGCAUAUGUUUACUGGGAUGACGGCUGUUGAAUUGGAAGAAUGGUCAAAGCGGCAAGAGUCAACUGCAAUUUCAUUUCCUGUCCAAAAUUUCAGUGAGCUUCCUGAAAGAUUGGAAUGUCCUAAACUUCAAUUAUUUUGUUUGUUAGAAAAUAGCAAUAUUCCUUUGCACAUUUCAGAUACCCUUUUUGAAAUGGCAAAACAGCUUAGAGUUAUAGAUUUGACGGGAAAAAAUCUUCCAAAACUUCCCUCAUCACUUUCUUUACUUCAAGACCUCCAAACAUUGUGUUUGGAUGAUUGUGUUUUGAAAGACAUAGCCAUAAUCGGAGAAUUGAAAAAUUUAAAAAUCCUUAGCCUUAUAGGAUCCAGUAUUGAACAAUUACCAAAAGAAAUAGGGCAAUUGACUCUCCUCCAAUCGUUGGAUUUGCGACAAUGUACAAAACUUGAAGGUAUACCAUCCAAUCUAUUGUCAAAUCUUAAAAGUUUACAAGAAUUAUACAUUGGGGAUAGCUUUAAUCAAUGGGAAGUUGAAGCAGAAGGCAUUGAAAGAAGUAAUGCUAGCAUUUCAGAGUUGGACCAUUUGUCUCACCUGAUAGCUUUACAUAUACAUAUUCCAAAUCUCAAUAUGCUGCCAGAAACUUGGAGUUUUACAAAGCUGCUAAGAUAUGUAACAUGCAUAGGUGAUGAUUGGAGCAGGCUUUUGUCAGUCAACGUCAAUAAAAAGUUAAAACUCAAGCUCCAUCAAAGCUUUCGAUUACAUGAUGGGAUUAAAACACUAUUAAAGAGCUGUACUUUUCUCGAGUUGGCUGAAUUGAAAGGUGUAGACCAUUUUCGGUUUGAAGAUUGUGAAGGUUUUCCACAGUUAAAGCAUCUAUAUAUGCUACAUAAUUCUGAGCUUCGACACAUCAUUAGCUCGAUGGGGCUUUCCUGUAUUGCCUUUCCCCAUUUGGAGUCAAUUUUUCUUUAUAUGACCAAUUUGGUAAAUAUGUGGCACGGCCAACUUGCAGUUGAGUCUUUCUGUAACUUAAGAACUGUAAAAGUGGAAGGCUGUGAUAAUUUGAGAUUUCUCUUCUCCCCAUCCUUGGCAAAAUGUUUUUCCCAACUCGAACAAAUGGAGAUACAUGAAUGCAAGGUAAUGAGUGCAAUAGUUGCGAAGGAAAGAGAUGGAAUAGAAAUCACCACUGACAGUACGAUGGAUAUGAUGGAGUUCUCUCGACUGCGUUCCCUAAAUCUACAAAAUCUACCAGGGCUGCUGGGUUUCUACUCCAAUGUUGAUUCUCAUCUACUUUUCAACGAAAAGAUUGCAUUUCUAAAGUUGGAGAGACUGAUAAUCGGCAAGAUAAAGAACUUGAAGAUGAUCUGGCACAACCCACUCGUUUUGGAUUCCUUUCAGAAUCUACGUAAUUUGGAGGUUUAUGGAUGUGGCAGUCUAAAUCAUAUUUUCCCAACCUUAGUAGCUGUGUGGCUUAAGCAACUUGAGAAGCUAGACAUACACGAUUGUGGAGUGGAGGAAAUUGUUGCCAACUUAAAUGGACCAGAGUCAAUGACUACGUUCAUGUUCCCACGACUAACCUCCUUAAGACUUGAAAAGCUAUCGAAUCUCAAGUGUUUCUACCCAGGGAAAUACACAUCGGAGUGGCCAUCACUGACAAAGUUGAUAAUAUACAAUUGCAACAAACUCCAGAUUUUUGGUUCAAAUGUUUUAAGCUUCCCAAAAACAUAUGGGCUGGUGCAGCAGCAGUGUAUACCAAGUCAAGAGCCCCUCUUUUUGAUUGAAAAGGAUAAAUUCCCCAACUUGGAAGAAUUGAAAUUGGAUUUUUAUGAUAGCAUGAAUGAGUUAUAUGGUCAACUUUCAGCAAAGCUCUUUUGCAAACUAAAAGUUCUUGAGUUGUGCUGCAAACAUGAUAAAUCGACUGUGUUCCCGUCGGUAUUUGUUCAAGGCUUACACAAUCUGAAGAAACUUUACAUAGAAGGUGCUUUUUUCAAAGAAAUAUGUGGAGUUACUGGAAUACUCGAACAUUUGAGUGAGUUAAGGCUUUCAAAUAUGCCCAAGUUGAUGCAUCUGUCGAAGGACACUUCUCAGCCAAGCAGGGCUUUUCAAAAUCUGCAGAUUUUAGAAGUGUCAGAAUGUGGCAAAUUAAAGAGUUUAGUGCCAUCCUCAAUAACUUUCAGAAAUUUAAAAACAAUUAAAGUAUCGAAAUGUCAUGGAUUAAUAUGUUUACUAGUUCCUUCAAUAGCACGAUGUCUGGUGCAACUCAAGGAAUUGGUUGUCUCUGAAUGCAAAAGAAUGACAGAAAUAGUUGCAAGCACAGAAGCUGAAGCUAGAGAUGAUAUUUCUUUCAGUCAAUUGAAAUCUUUGGAACUUCAUCAGUUACCCAGUCUCACAAGUUUCUAUUUGGGGAAAUGCACUAUCAAAUUCCCAUUAUUGAAAGAAGUAAUUGUGACAGAAUGCCCUGAAUUGGAGAGUUUCUCUAAUGGAGUCUCAAGCACGCCAAUGCUACAUGGGGUUAAACUCGCAGAAAAAUAUGGGAGGAAUCAGUCCGAUGAACUUGUCACCCAAACACAGAAGUUAUGCAACAACGAUUUCAACACCACCAUCCAACAAUUCUGGGAAGAUAAUUUUGAUACAUGCGUGGAAAGGUUAUUCACCGAAGACGAAGAGCAGACGACCAAUGAUAGUGAAGGAGGGGACAGCACAUGAUGCAUAUGACAACCUGGAGGGCGACUCGAAGAGGGGGGUUAAUCUCUUUUACCGGUUGUUUUUCUCUACAGCAAGAAAUAUUAGAUGUGGUUGUUGUUGAGUACUUAAAUAUUUGUGUGCUUUUUGUGUGCUUUCUGUUGAGUACUUAAACCUUUUUUGUCUUGUUUCUGAAAAAAAAAAAAAAAAAAAAAAAAGUUGUUGUUGAGUACUUAAAUAUUUGUGUGCUUUUUGUGUGCUUUCUGUUGAGUACUUAAACCUUUUUUGUCUUGUUUCUGAAAAAAAAAAAAAAAAAAAAGAAAAAACAAACAAACAACCUUUUUGGUACUAUAUACCAUUUAUGUAUUCGAAGUCAUGAAUUUGUAUGUAAUUUUAUUUUUAGAU